UUUUUUUUUUAAACAUUAUUUUUUUCUUUUUCUUUCAGCGCUGAAGGUAUAGCCCUGCCUCACCGCUUUCAAGUUGAUGCCUACCUUGAUCGCCCCCUCUCACACCCCUUCCCCAAUACACUUCUAAAGGAAUUCUAACGACUAGUUUUUUUCCCCCUUCUGUGUGUCUGCGUGCGCGAGAUUCUGUUAUGUGUGCUGUUUCCCACAGUAGCAUUUGGCUAACUUUUGGAUACAGAAAUUCACCAAAAUUUGUUUCAAAACGAAGUUUUCUGCAAACAGGAGUUACCAGCAUUCAUUAUUGACAUUGGAGUUAAUUAAGACCCUGUGGAAGUUGCCAUUCAGAGAUACUUAGAUCUAUGCAGAUCCAGAUCAGGCAGUCAUAAUUGAAUUAGAUCUUGAUCAAGAGUGUAGAUCUCUAAUUUAAAGUGGAACGCAAGAAUAUUUCGUUAUUCGACUUAAUUUAAUAAGACAUCGGAUGCACCAGAUAUAUGCACCAGAACAUAUUGGAUAUAUACAACUUAAAAACAAAUUCUUUGUGCUACUGAACAGACAUAAUUAGUCUUGUUGCCUUCGACCUUUCAUUCAAGGAUAUAUGGACUAUUUAUACACGUUGUAACCUCUGAACUGCCGUCAACACUUCUGACUUGACCAAUCAAAUUUUGUUACUGACCAUGGAAUUAUGAGCAUAGUUGCCGUCUCCUGGAGUGGAUUAAACUAGAGAAUCUUGACUGUUCUUUGGAGCAAGCGUUAAGUGUCGUUGAACUGAGUCCUGGACUAGCCCACAAGCUGUAAGGAUGUACUGUCCCAGCAGACUGGUUUCACUGACAUUGAUGAUAUUUGUGGAACUCACAGACUAUUGAGAUCACUCUCAUAAGGAUUAAAACAUCAAAUCAAAGGAUAUUUUAUAAAAGGUCUACAUGUCUCCUGGUGGAUUAAACAGUAGCAACAGACAAGAACUUACUGUCAAAACUGGACAUUGUAAACACAACUAUUUGAACCCAAUCCAUUUGCAAGUUGAUAGAAAGUAGAACAACAAAAUGUGGUGUCAUUGUGUAGCUCUGAUGACUCAAUUGUUGGCUGUUUUAGUGUAUGGUGCCCAGUACUUCCAAGAAAGACCGAAAGAUACCAAUGUGAUACGUGGCCAGACUGCAGUGUUGAAAUGUGUGAUAGGAGACAGGAAAGGAUUAGUCCAAUGGACAAAGGAUGGAUUCUCUCUGGGCUUUAACCGAACUAUCCCUGGCCUGGACCGAUACUCCAUCACCUCCUCCCACCCCAAUGAGUGGAAUCUGAUGAUUGUUAAUGCUGCCCUAGAGGAUGAUGCAGUGUAUGAGUGUCAGGUGCUGCCCAAAGACGGAGACGGUAAACUACAGGCUACAGCAACACUGACAGUUCUAGUGCCCUGUGAAACCCCAUCCAUAUUGGACUACAGUAAUGGGUCUACUGUGGAGAUUUCCUAUUCUCAGCGAUCUCAUGACUUGGUGUGCGAGGCAAGGGAUGGACGACCGGCAGCUACCAUUGAAUGGUUCCGAAAUGGUCGUAAAGUGACAGAAAAUAUCAGAUAUUCUGUGGAAAGCCGACCAAACGACAAGAGGGAGACCGCCAGGAGUACACUGACAAUAUCCUUGACCAAUCACAAGUCAGAGAAUGAGGCCAUCUAUGUUUGCCAAGCAAGAAACACUGCAGUCUUUGGACCUCCUUUGUCAACCACUGUAUCUAUCAGUGUACUAUAUCCACCAAGUCCCCCUGUCAUCACUGGCUAUGACAACAGAGUUAUCAACAUUGAUACCAGAUUGACAUUGUCAUGCUCCUCGGAGGGAGGUAAUCCAUUGGGCAGCGUGACCUGGUACCGCAAUGGCCGGGCUGUACAGCAUAACUACACGACCAGGGGACAGAAGUCCACCAACGAAUACAUAUUCACUGUGAGCUCCUCUGAUAAUGAUGCCAUCUACGAGUGUCGAGUGACGAACAUGGUGACAGACCGACCUUUGGUGAAAAGUUACACCCUACAAGUGCAAUUUCCCCCAUCCAGUGUAAGAAUUUCAGGUGCAGAUGCUCCAGUUCAGGAAGGAAGCUCUGUGAAGUUGGUGUGUGAGACUUCCAACUCUAACCCUGCUGCGACUAUUCAGUGGAAGAAAGGUGCUGAUGUGAUAAGUGAUAGUGACUCUGAAGUGACAUUCCGAGACUCUCCCAGUGGAGGGAAAAUCACCAGGUCAGAGAUAAAUGUGAUGGUGAGCAGCUCUGAUGACAACAGCAACUACACCUGCUUGGGUGAAAACACUGCAGCCUUUCCUGGUCGAAGUGUCACAGCUACAAAAACACUCAGUGUACUCUAUCCUCCAAAUGAGCCCAAGAUAAGUGGCUACAUCAGUGACAUGAACAUCAAGGCUGGUGACCUGCAACGGAUGACCUGUAUGUCUGUUGGUGGCAAUCCACUGGCUGAUUUAAAGUGGUACAAAGGAAAUCAAAUACUCCGAGAUGCAGACUAUAAAGCUUUAGGUAAGAUUGCUUCCUCUGAAAUAGCCAUCAUAGCCUCAGCAGACGACAACAAGGCCGUGUACAAAUGUCGAGCUACCAGCCGAGCCACAGACAACCGACCAAUGGAUGUCAGCAUCACGUUAUCUGUGCACUUCCCCCCUACUCAAGUGGUGAUAACAAAGAACCCAUCCCAACCCAAAGCUGGCCUUCCUCUUGACCUCGUAUGCAUGUCCUCGUCUAGCAACCCCCCAGCUGAGAUCACCUGGAGAAGGAAUGGCAGGAGAAUGGCAGGCGUGGACCUGGGCACGGUGGAUUCAACCAAUGGUGGGAAAAACACCACCAACCGCCUAAGCUUCAUUCCAACGUCCAGAGACCACAAUGCAAUAUUUGCAUGCAUGGCCACCAACAAAGCUUUGGAUAGAAGUGUUAACGAUGCUGUCACUCUGAAUGUUCUAUUCAAACCAGAGUUUGAUAAUGAGACCCUGCCCUCUAGGGUGGACUGCAAAAAGGGAGAGAGCACUGUUUUGAACCUCACUGCCUAUGCAAACCCCCCAGAGGUGACCUAUGAGCUGUACAAAGAAGGCUACUUGUUUACAGCCCCAGCCCACUUUUCCCUAGACAAGGGAGUGCUGAACAUUUCCAAAGUAGAAAAAGAUGAUAAGGGAAACUACAUGGUCAAGGGAAGCAACAACCAAGGAUUCACAUUUUUUAACUUUUCUGUCAAUGUCAAAUAUCCAGCAGAAAUAAUUGAGGUCACCAACAGUUUGUCUCUAAACGAGGGAGAGACCGCCAUCUUUUCUUGCAAGGUUGACGCCAAUCCCACAGUGCCUAACUUGGUCACCUGGUCCCGGGAUAACUUUGACAUGACUAGAACUCACAAUCGUAUCGAAGGAAGUGUGUCAUAUCUCUCCAUCACUAACUUGACUCGAUAUGACAGUGGUCUCUUCAAUUGCGUUGCAGACAACAGAGUUGGCUCCCCUAGUGUGAAGACUGCAGAGUUACUUGUCAAAUUUGUUCCUGUCAUUGAUAAGUCACCAGAGAUUGGUCGAUCUGCUGGGGAGAAAGGGAGCACAGUGAAUCUCAAAUGUAUAGCCCAGGGUGUACCCAGGAUUGUCUUCACCUGGAGUAGGAACAACAACCCACUUCACUCCAGUCACAAGUACAAGAUUGAGAUCACCAACACGAGCCUGAUGCACUUUGAGAGCACACUGCAGGUGAAAGACUUGGACAGUGAGGACUAUGGUGCUUACGUCUGCACUGCCACCAACAGCAAGGGAAGUGACUCUCGCAGUAUCACUCUGACUGGGACCAGUAAGCCCAACCCACCUUAUUAUAUUGAGUUUGUCAAUGCCACAUCUAAUAGUAUCACCAUCACAUGGAAGCCUGGAUUUGAUGGCGGCCUUCCUCAGUCUUUCCGUGUCCGGUACAACCAAGCAGGCUCAGUGAACUACAAGUUUGCAGAUGUAGUGCCCUACGGAGCCACCAUAUUUACGAUCAAAGGCUUGGAAUUGGGUACUCUUUAUACUAUCACAGUCAGGGCUUCUAAUGAUCGAGGAUGGAGCGAGUACCAGAAUCGAACAAUUACUGCUAAAACAUCAGCAGUGGUCACAGCGGUGGAUAUAUCUAGUUCAGAGCUUCAGAAUGCUGACGAGAUACCUGUCAUUAUUAUACUGGUGGUGUGUAUCGUAGGAGUUUUCAUCCUAACUCUUAACGUCGGACUCAUUUUAUUUUUCAUACGCAGGAGAAAGAAAAGGCUGGAGGCUACUAGUGACACCACUAGUCACACCAACACUUUUGAAUUGUAUGGAAACUCUGUAAAGGGAGAAAAUCCUUACCCACCUCCAUCAGAUGACACUAGGAGUUAUGGUACCUACGAUAAAAGUAUGGAUGAUUUCUCAGAUGAAUACAUCAGAGACUAUGAUGGAGAAAAUCCUCAGCCUCAGGAAAAUCCUCAGCCUCAGGAAAACGUGACCACAUCUGCAUCAAGAGCCAAAGUGGAAAACAAUAUGUCCACCAAUGACAACUGUGCAAAUAAUCAUGAGUGCGAAACCCAUGUCUUUUUGCCUCAACAGCCUGACUACCCUGGGUCAAGGCCUUACAGUCCACAGAAGAUAGAGUCCCCUAGAAUGGGCAGUGGACAUAAGAUACCUUACCAUCCAGAAGAUCAGCAAGAGAGAAACUCUCUUUGGAAUGAAGACCCUUAUCGAGUUGCUCAACCACGACAGAAGAAAGGAAGUUAUGACAAUGGUAUGACCAACGAAGAUACCUAUGAGUUUAGAAACAUUAGAAGCAAGGGAAUGAAUGAAUGUUCAGAUUAUCCACCCAGCCGUCCAUCAAGUAGAACUGGCAAGACACCACCUCCUCCACCAACACGCUCUUCCAGUCGUGGAGGUUUCAACACCAGAGAUUUUAUGCCACCCCUCCCAGCAAGAAAUUAUGAGCCACAGGAAAUAAUAUCACAGCCUCGAUACACUCCGACUCCUGGUUCAUCAGCUCUUCUAUCGCCUAACCCAUCCUACAGUGGACCGGGCUCUAAUCAAAGAACUCCAUCACCACACAACACGCUGCCAGCAGGUGCCGAGUUCAGGGGACAUCUUGUUUGAUUAUUGCCUGCCAAGGUUGGGCUGUCUUAGUGCUUCCAGAUGCCAUCCAGCUGGUUUAGGCUGGAUGGAGACUUUCAACUCCAGACAAGGUCAAACAAAAACUUUGUGUUCAUCCCAUGGCUGUCACAGUUCUGGUGUGUCCUAGAAUCUGCUGAAGCUGUGCCAGUCACUGUAGCUGGAACAUCUGUACAUAUGUGUGUUAUUGACAGUGGUUUCACAACAUUUGGAUAUAUUGGACCACUAAUAUAAUGGGUACCAAGUUAAAGUACUCCAUCUGUACUCUUUAGAGUGGUCUAACCACUGAGUCACCUUCAGUGUAAAAUUUAUAAAAAAAAUACUGUUUAAGGGAUUUUUGAGAUUAAAAAGACUAUAACGGAUCUCUACUGACUGCCUGCAUUCAUUCAAGUUUAAUACUCUGGAUUUCCUUAUAUAAAUAUUGUGAUUCUCUAAGACUGGAUAAGGAAUAUUCUGAAUGUGGCCAUUUUUAUUGGAGUUUACAAAUGGUAAACUUCCAAACUGAAAAUUAUUAAGAUCUGUGAUCUUCAGAAUACGUUAUUCAUUAAUAAAAUCAGUGUUUGGCAUUGUUUCCCUUGCUGACUGCUAAAUAUAAUUACAAGAUCUGUGAUCUUUCAGUGAACCUUGAAAGCAAGAAGUGGGUUGAAAUUAAGAUUUAAAAAAAAAAGUAUAAAGCAACACCUUGCCCUCAACACAUCUGCUGUACACCAACAAGAUCAGCAUGACCUUUUUAACAUACGCUCUGAUGUGCUCAUGUUCGUACAGUAAAGAUGUUUACAUGACAUUUAAGUAAUUGCUUUGGAAUAAACUUUUCUACACUUUUGGUUUAUCUGACAAACUUUUUUCAAGAACAUUUAAAAAUAAAUAUAUAUAAAACACUUAUGGCUUGAAUACUCAGUAUAUUAUUCUAUAGUGGCUACAGCAUUGAAAUCAUAAAGGAUCAAGUCUUUUUGUGUGUGUGUGCGCUGAACUGGCUAUUAAUGACAUUUGUACCACUUAAGCCAUCCAUUAACACAGACUUAUGGCUGUUGUAGUGUCGUGCAAAUGUCACAAGUUAUCAGACAAUUAUGACCUCUUAGCCGAACCAAUGUCUUGCUGAACAAAAGCAUCUGAUCAAUGUUUUUCUCACAGGAUUUAAAGUUGAAAUGCUACAGUUUCUAUAAACAUUUAUUAUGACUUUUUUUUUUUUCAAACUUGCUUAGAAAUGAAAUGAUGCAGCCUUUGAAGUCAUUGUGAUGCAUUGUUUGAUUCAUCUGGUGUUAACAUUUGAUUUCAUGUGUCUGCUAAGACUCAUGUGAUGGCUGAAAUUGAAGCCUGCACACUUCAAGAGUUUAGAGAUGCAAAUGAUAAUAAAGUUAGAUAGUAAUAGAAUCAGUGAUUGGAACAGUUGGAACUACGUCCACUGUCUACUUGGCCUGCUUCAUUGUAUUGAGUCAAUAGUACCAAUCCAUUUACAGUACUGGUACGCUCUAUUGUACUAGCAGUGUUGGUGGUACUGAUCCAUCUACAAUACACAUCAUUGUACUAGCUGUGAUUUCAUCCCAUUUUCUAAUGAGACUUAUUUGGACCAUUAAAUACUAAAUAAUAUUGAAAGGGAAAAUUAUUUUGAGACAUAAAUUUGAUUAAAAGCCAUCAUCGCUGAAAGGGGAACAACCCAAUACAUUUUAAAAAAUUUUUGUUACAUUCAGUGUAAUCAGAUGGUAUCAAUCUCAUGUCAGCACUCAGGCCAUUGUACAUGUUACCAGAGAGCUAUGCAUUUAAUGUCAACAUGUUUCAUAACCAGUGGGGAGAAUCAGGGCAGUGGGUUUAUUUUUGAGUGUGCCUCUUGUUGAUUUAAAUGUAUAUUCUUUGUUAUAAGAUUGAUGGUUGUUGUUUGCAUUGAGAUUUGACUAUAGUGCAGUAUUUUUUUAAUUGAGAUAUGACUAUCAUCGAGUAUGUUUGCAUUGAAUUAUGACUAUUGUCUAAUAUGUUUGCUUUGAGAUAUGAUUGUUGUGGAAUUAGUCUUGGCUGAAGAAUGUGGUAAAUUGGGAUUUGAACAUGAUCUAGUUAGCAGCAUCAAACUUGAUGCUUUAGUCAACGAAGAUUAGUUUUAGUUGUUUUUUUUGUUUCUGAAAUCCUAUUGAUUUGUGUCGCAUAUCACUUUUACUCUAAGAGGUAUGAGUUUGCGUGUGUGUGUGUGGUAUGUCCAUGUCACUUUGUGUCAUGAACUGUUUGUGUCCAACCAUGUAUGUAUGUGUUAUGUUGGAUAAGUUGGUUCUGGGGUAGAGAUUAUGUACUACUUAUCAUAUAAUACUACAUUCUACAUCAUGUUUGAUGCAAUGAGUCAUAGGAUCCCAUGAAAUGGUGUGGUCGUAUUCUAACACUUGUAAGUAAACUUCUUCAAAGCAACAUGUACACUAUUUUUAUACAAUGUUUACCUGUGUUCACAUUAUCACAGAGAGUCACAUUUCAUGUAUAUAUAGAGAGAGACAUAUAAUGUUACAUAUUUGAAAUCCUGUCAUUUUCCCUAAUGGACACUGCUGCCUGGUCACUUAAGAGGAACACAAAUAGAUGGAAUGGAAUUAUGCUUUUUUUUUUUUAAGAGUUGUAAAAAAAAACAUUUAAUCAUGGAAAACUUAACUUAUUAAGUUGGCUGUAAUAUAUAGAGACUGUUUUAUUUGGUAGUGUCACUAUAAUGUGAAUCAAACUUGAUCAGUACACAGUUUAAAGAUAUCAAGUUUAAAGUUUAAAUCUAAUGUUCAAUUAAAUAUAGAUUAACAAAGACUUGUAUUUAUAGACAGAACUUACUUCAAAUACACAUUUAGGAAGUGUGGCAAGACUAAUAGAAAGACUGAGACAUCAAGAGAAUGUGGUCCAUUAAUGAGACUCAAAAAACUUCAGACGAUUUAACGAGACUGGUACAACUAUCACUUUCUCCCUCCUCCUUUUUUCCUGUUGUUUUAUUGUAAGUUUUCAUCUGAGUUUUAACAUGGGCAAAGAUUGUAAGCAGUUUUCUGCAUUGAACUCUAAUAUGUAGAUAAUCUAUAUAUAGGUUUGGCAUUUUUAUUUCAAAUAUUUUUUGUAUUUUAUCUGAAACCUUUUAACAUUAGCAUUAUAUUUAUUUAGCAUUACAUUUUAUCUUUACUGGUAAAACAGAUUUUUAGCUAUUUUCUUGUUGGUCUACGCUAACAUUGUACAUUCACUAAAUAUUGGAUUUUGUUUCACUGCUCUAAUGUGGAUUUCCUAAAUAGUCAGUGAUCAAGCACUCCUUUAGUUAGAGCAGUGUUUAGGCUUUGUAUUAAGGUCAGUGCUGAGUAUUGAAAAAAAUGUUGAGAUGUAUGAAGAGAUCUAGUAAGUGUCAAACUGAUGUGCAGACUUAGUAGUCAUCAACUUCCAUUGUAUUAAGAGAAUAAAAGUAUUGAACAUCUUGAUUAAAGAAUACUGUAAAACA